AAUAAACGUAACCAAUGUAUGUUUAUUCAGCUUGUUUGUAUCAAUUAUACAUAACUCGUAUUAAUAACAAAUAGCGUGACGGUGUAUGGAAUACACAAUUCUAGAUUCUAUUAUCAUGUCAUAUGACACAAGAACACGAGAAUAUAGUAUCCAGUCCUCACAUCUUGGGUGAGUCUGGUGCGCUUGUGCAAGGAUUGUUACAGCAGGGAUAGCCAGCGGUGGUGGCGCUGAGGGAAAGGAUGGAGAUUGAGAACUACCCCAGAUUUCUGAACUGAAAAACCGCACGAGCAAGGCGUUCGGUAGGCUUGGCUACUUCUCGGCUCUGUUGAAUUGCUUGAGGGCAGCGAGGCGCACGGUGGAAGAGGCGAAAUACAGCAAAGAUGGACGAUAGCAGCGAGUUCCUUUGCGGGGUUGUGGAAGGGUUUUAUGGGAGGCCCUGGUCUAUGGAACAGAGGAAGGUGCUCUUCCAGUGGAUGCAGAGAUGGGGAUUGAACACCUAUCUGUAUGGUCCCAAAGACGAUCUGAAACACAGACUACUCUGGAGAGAGGUCUACUCCCCUGAGGAAGAGAGUCAGUUGAGUACUCUGAUAGUGGAGUCAGAAAAGAGAGGUGUAAGGUUUGUCUACUCUCUCUCUCCCGGUCAGGACAUUGUCUUCUCAUCUCCUUGUGAUAUUAAGUUGCUUAAACGAAAGCUACAACAGGUGUCUGAAUUGGGUUGCCAGGCGUUUGCAAUCCUGUUUGAUGACAUUGACCACUCCUUGUGUCAGGCUGACAGCCAAGCCUACUCCUCUUUCGCUCAUGCCCAGGUGUCAGUUGCCAAUGAUAUCUACCAAUUCCUGGGGGAACCGCCUGUCUUCCUGUUCUGUCCAACAGAGUACUGUGGAUCUUUAUGUUCUCCCAGUGUGUCUAAGUCUCCGUAUCUUAUGACUGUCGGAGAAGACCUGCUGCCUAACAUCUCUGUCAUAUGGACCGGUAAUAAGGUGAUCUCUAGAGAGCUGAGUGUAGAGGGUCUGUCUGAGGUAGAAUCUGUCCUACAGCGCCCCCCUGUGGUUUGGGACAACCUACAUGCAAACGACUAUGACUCAAGGCGCCUGUUUCUGGGCCCUUUCAAGGGUCGCGAACCCCAGCUGGUCACCCACCUUCGCGGCCUGCUGCUCAACCCAAACUGCGAGUUUGAGGCCAACUACAUUCCCCUGCACACACUGGGAACCUGGUUCCGCACUGGGAGGAAGGAGAGGAAUGGUGAGGAAUACCAGUACUGUCCAGAGAUGGCGCUGUCUGAUGCACUGCAAGACUGGAUGGAUGAGCUCAGUCAACCACUGCAGCCUGGUCGCAGGCAGGGGGACCAGAGAUCAUCGGGUCCAAGGCCAGGAAGCCCAGAGAGGGAAGACGGUCAUUCCACCACGAUAGAAGGCUGCCCUCAAUCCAAGUCAUCUAGAGACCACAUGGAGCAAGAUAGAUUCCCCCCCUCUAGCCCUGAGGAAGAGGAUGGGGUGAGGAGGGCAAAGAAGGAAGAAAGUAAAGAGGGAACGAUCAGAGAGAAUGAGAGUGAGAGAAAGCCCCACAACGACCGGUUCCACCAAGGCCCAGAACAGCCAGAGGAUCUGGGGGAAGUCCCAGUGGAGAUUGCCAACGUCAAGUUGCUAUGUAGCGGGAAGGCUCCUCUAAGUGAAUCUCAGGUCCAGUUGCUGGUAGGCCUUCACUACCUUCCCCAUGAGCACGGCCCUUCAGCCCAGAGACUUUUACAGGACCUGACAUGGCUCAAAGCAAACUGUCACCUGGUCAGUGCUAAUGACAAGAAAGCACCACAACAAAAGACAGAGGAGUGGCGCUGUCGAGCAGCUCGGUUCCUAGGUGUGUGUGAGGAGAUUGCUGUGCUGCAUAGUACCGUGGUGAGCGGAGUGAACCGAGCCGUGCUCUAUGAUCUUUAUCCAUAUGUAUGGGACCUCCGAAACACCGCGCUGGUGGCCAAGGCCUUUAUCUGCUGGUUGGAUGGGCGGGUGUUGAGUGACAACUCUCCGCUGGGUUCCUGGAGAAACUGCUUCCACUGGUGUGGGACGACCACAGGGGCGGAUUUACUGGGCGUGGAGUCAGAACCCUGGGUGUUCAAAGGGGGCGUGUCCGGAGAGGUGCAGAUGAUUCUACCCAUAGGCAGUAACAGUGAACUGUUCACCCACCCUCCUCCUCUGUUCCCCACAUCACGACUGUAUAACAUAAGACCUUACCACAACAAGGACAAGGUGGAACUGUACCGUAUAGUGUGCCAGCUUCACCAGAGAGCACAGGGGAGUACUGACUCCAGCACCAUACAUCCUGACCUUAUCGGAGACAGGUGUCUAGGGCCCUGGCUGGCUCUCUGUCCUGAGUACAGCGUGGUGCUGGAGGAUGAGCUGGGUGUGUGUGGGUGUGUGUUGGGUGUGGUGGACGUGCGUUCUUUCGCCAAACGCUGUCAGGCAUGCUGGAUGCCCGCCAUGAGAGAUAAAUACCCAGCUUGCACCGGACACGCCAACACACAGGUGGUGGUACAGCAGCUAGAAGAUGACCAGGGGGAGUACCAUGACUCUAUUCUCUAUCACUUCCCAUCCCAGCUUCAGCUGGAUGCUCUGCCUGACCUGGUGGAUGUCAGUGUGACUCGCUGCCUGCUAACUGCACUCCUUACUGCACUCAAAGCCAAUGGUUCUCAAGGUGUGUUCUGUGAGAUACAGCCUACAGAUCGUAUGAGGUUGGAGUUCCUGACUAAACUAGGCUUCCUGGAGAUACCCAGAGGAGAUGCCCGGCACAGAGAAGGAAUGGUACUAGGCAGGCUACUCUGAACACAAAGACCCAUACCUACAGUCAUUUAUAGGCACGUACAUACACGUUGAUAAGCGCUCUGCAGAAAUUGUGUAGUAGAAUCACUAGAACAACAUAAUUACCGUAAGCUUAAUCACACACAUAGGUGAUAGAGUUAGGCAUAAUUGUCCACACACAAAAAAAACACAUUACAGAGGUAAAACACAAGCUCUCGCAUGGCUGAGGGCUAUGAAGAUAAGAUGGACACUAAGCAAAUAUGGGUGUUACGCACACUCAAAUCCCACUCAGUCUAGGUCUUAGGACAUUGCUUGCACAUAGCAUCAAAUACACAAAACUGUACAUAGCAUUGGUCACUGUCCUUUUCUUCCUAUCUAUAAGCACAAGAACAACAAAACGUCCGUCAAACAUUUUAUACAUAUCUGAGUAAUAAUGUCCUCUGCAUGAAUGUACAUUUUUUACUAACAAGAUUUAGAUCUGGAUUCAAUCUAAGCAUAUUUGUAGAAAAUGCAUGUUUAAAAAGGCAUCUGUGUUUCAGGGGAUAGCAUGUUUGCCCACUGAAAUGGUAGGUUUAUUUAAACAGUGAGAAACAGAAGAACAACAAAACAAUCUAGAACAACGCAUGUCAAAAAUUUUAUACAAUUAUUUGAAUUUUAAUGAGUGAAAGAAGUAUUCGACACCUCUGCAAAAAAUUACUUAGUACUUGGUGGCAAAACCCUUGUUUGGCAAUCACAGAGGUCAGAUGUUUUUCUUGUAGUUGGCCAC